GGUUUACUCGAACGCUUUUAACAUGUUUUACUACCCGGCUGUUUUAAACCGUCGCUCAGGAUGUUUCUCUACGAUCUGGCUGGUUGCCACUAAUGGCAUCAAAGUUCCUCGCAGGGAUUUCCUGAAAGUCAACGUGAAAAGGACUUGCGAUGACAUCAUGAACUACGUGCUGGAGCGGGUCGCCCCGCCUCAACCCGGCCUGCCGCGACCCCGCUUCUCCCUCUACCUCUCCUCACAGCUGCAGUACGGCAUCAUUCUGGUCUACCACCGGCAGUGCACCAUCUUACUGGAGGAACUCCAGUCCAUUCUGGGCCAGCUGUUGAAACAACGAAGGUCAGGGAAAAGGGAUCUUUCAAGCCAAAGCAAGUCAGCUGCAGUUCUGCCUGAUGCCCUGAUUCUGAUGGAGAACACAGAACGAGCUCCGGAUCCUUUAUUUGGAGAGAUGCUCCUCCAGGACACGAUGCCCAGCCCGACGCAGCUGAUGCAGAUGAAUUGGGAAACUCUGCGAGAAUCCUCUCCUGAGCUUCUCGAACAGAGCAGCUCAGCUACUUCUUCUUCUCCACAUCCAGAAAAUGGCAUCUCCGCUUCCCCAGAAUCCAUCACUCUGAGCGAGCCGGUAGCCGCCCCUGCCCCCGCCAUAGAGUUUGAUGAGGAAGACUUCACUGAUUAUCUUCCAGAAAUUGUUGCUUUACUCCUGGAUCAGCCGGAUCACUUUCAAGAAGGUUUGAGGAAGAUCUUGUUUCUCAGCUGUAGUGUAAGUUACCAGAUGCUUAAUGGAGGAGCUGCUGCGUUGUCAACAGGAGGUUUGGAGCCAAGACAAGAAGAGAGGAGAGAGAGGGCAAGAGAGAGGGCAAGAGAGAGGGCAAGAGAGAGGGCGAGAGACAGGACGAGAGAGAGGGCGAGAGAGAGGGCGAGAGAGAAGACGAAGGAAAUGACUCCAUCCAUCCCAGACCUGCAGCCGCCCACCGUCUCCAGCGAGGGCCCUGAGCGGCUGCCUCUGGAGGAGCCGGGCCCCUCUGAGGAAGCCCCCUUAAUGCCCAGAGACCAGGUCACCCCGGUGUCGGCGCCCGGCGUCCCCUCACCGCCGUCUGCAGCCCGGCAACGGCGCAGGAGCCCCGAGUUAGAAGAGGUCCAACCUGAGGUGAAAAAGAAGAGGAGGAGGAGGAGGCAGCUGGUGUUCUUUGAUCCGGAGACGCAGCUCUCGGAGACGGAGCAGCAGCAGCAGAUUGAGGAGCCUCUGAUUGAGACCAGAGCGCUGGCCGUCGCCCCGCCUCCGUCUCACAGGGUCAUUCCUGCCGCCGACCUGCUCAGCAAUCCCUGCUGCUUUUUGCCUGAGGAGAUUCUGUCUCUGUGGAGACGGGCGGCGGUCGUAACGCCGCUGUCGGGGCCCGACCUGCAGGUUGGGGACAGGGGGCCCGAGUCCACCGACUCGGAGCGCGAGCGAGAACGGGAGGCGAUGCAGGAGGCGGCAGCAGAGGAGCAGAGAACCGACGAGAUUUCCACAGAGGUCCAGAGAGCAAUGGAGGAAUCUGAGAUGAUGACAAUUUCAGCUGAGUCUGCUCCAUCUCUGGAGGGAUUGGACCAGCGGGAGGCGUCUCGAGACGGUUCUUCUCUGUACACGUCGGAGAGAGAAUGGUCCACCGUCUCCACGACGCUGCAGGACAUCCCAGAGGCGGUGGACGAGAGGAUUGAAGAGUCGCCAGUGGAAUCCCCUCGGUUGCUGCCGGAGUCGGCGGACUUUGAAAACGAGCCGGUGCUUUUUCAGUCGGUUUUGCCGUCUGGAGCCAACCGCAGGACAGUCAGCGGCAUUUUUCAGAGGCUGCUGGAGAAUUUAUCGUUCAACAGGAUUUCCGCUGAGCAGGCAGAGCCGUAUGGAGACAUCCAGAUCCUCCCCGGGCCCAGAUAUGAAGAACUGGAUCUGCCUUCAUAAUCUGCUCCCAGCUGAGACUCUUGAGGAUUUCCGAGUUCACUAUUUCAACCACUGCAUAGUUUUAAAAGUUGCAUGAUUUCCAAUUGAUCCCUUUAUUAUGUAUUACUAGAAUGAGUUUUGUGGUUCUAAAGUUCUUCUUUCAUUAAGCAAGGGAAGAUUUGCAUCAGUUUUCUGUGUUUCUGGUGGUUCUCGUAGGUUUUACGAACGACAUGAGAUCUAAUCUGAAUCCUAAAUUUGAUUCUCUUUUGUUCCAGCUUUCAUAUUUGAAAUCAAAGCUCCCCGAUUCUGUGUUCCUUUCAACAAUAAAAUGCAUUUCUGUUGAA